AUGAAAGAUGCGUCUUAGAGUAGUUCAAGCAGCGGUAGCAGUGGAUCUUCUUAAGGAAAUAAAAAAGGAAAGAAAGAUAAAAAAAGUUCUUAAAAUAAUAAUGAAACCAAAAAGAGUGAUAAGAAGAAAUCUGAAAAAAGAAAAUCAUCUAGUGAUUCAUCUGAAUCUAAUAAAGAAAAGAAAAAACCCAAAGUUGAAGAUUCAGAUAAAAAAGGUAAGGAUAAGGCGAAGAAAGAAAAAGGGGGAUCUUCAUCUUCUUCAAGCUCAUCAUCUUCAGGAUCUAGUUCAGAAAAUAACAAGAAAAAGAAAAAACCUGUUGCUAAAAAACCAGCUCAGCCUAAAAAAGCUAAAAAAUCUUCUGGGAAAAAGAAAAAGAAGGAUAGUUCUUCUUCAAGUACAAGUUCAAGUGGAACAUCAAGUACGAGUAGCAAUGGAUCAAGCAGUUCUUCUUCUAGUAGCAGUUCAUCAAGCAGCAGUAGUGAAGAUGAAAGGAAAAGAAAGAGAAGAGAAAGGCAUUUACUUGGCAUCGGUGCUAAAUGCACUCAUGAAGAAGGAGAUGAAGAAUUUUUCUUAGGUGGUAAGAAAGCUUAAGAGACUUAAAAAAGAAAAGCAACUUUUAUUGAGAAGAGAAAUAGGAGGAAGAAGAUUAAAGAAAUUGAUCCAGAAGAGUACGAGGAUGAAAUUUGGUUAGCUUAUGUCGAGCCAUAAUAUGAGAACGAAUAUUCAAGAAUGCUUGCAGCUUAAAAUAGGCCUGCACUAGGGCCAGGACCUUAUCUAGGUCAAACUAAAGCAGUUGCAUCUAAAGAAGAUCUUGAGAAUCAUAUCUAAAAAUCUCGAGAGCAAGUUAGAAGCUUUUUCAAAAACUUCAAUCCUAAUGUUGAAAUACCUUUUCCAAAAGUAAUCGAAUUGAAAAAGAUUGCGAUAAGAGUGGCUGAAUACGAUUUCUUGAGACCUAAAGGUGUAGAAAUAUAAGAUAUUUCAGAACCUGCUCCUUCGAUUCCAAAAACAGGUGAUGGAACAGAUCAAUUUUAUUAUCCUUACACUUUAGGAUAUCCGAUAAAAAGAGUACAAAAAAGAAAACCAAAAGGAGAAGAAAUUAAAAUUUUGGAUUUUGUUGAUUCAAGCAAGGCUAUUUAAGGCUCUUCAGACGAGAAUGAAGAAGUUGUAAAGAAAACAAAGAAAAGAGGUAGAAAGGUGUAGAUUGAUGAUAUGGAGGUAGAAGUUUAGAAUGACAAAAUCAAAAUAAAGAUUGAUAAAUAAGAUGAGGAUCCGACUCCAGUUCAAAUCGAUACUUCAACAAAAUAAAAAAAUAAUGAUUCAACUUCAAAAGAAAACAAAGAUAGAAAGAAACAAGAAAAGAAGAAGAAAAAGAAAAGCAAAAAGAAUGAUCUCGACGAUGAAGAGGAGUAUUAUGAUGACAAGAAUAGUCUGGAUGCUGAUGCACAUGAUAUUGAAGAUAUAAAUCUUGAAAAAGAGUUGAACAAAAAGCAAAGCUCUAAAAAGAGUUCUGUAAAGAAAGAAGUAAAAAAAGAUAUUAAAAUAGAUUAUUCUGAAGUUUAAAAUCCCCCAACUGCUGGGAAUCUUAAAAAAUCAAAGUUCAAGAAAAACAAAAAGAAAAGUAAAAAAGAUGAUUAGAUAGAUGACGAUGAUGAAAAUGAGGCUAAUAUAAGUGAGGAAUUAGAAUUAUAAUAGUAGCUGGUUGAUGAUGACGUUUUAAUGGAUGAUUUAAGUUAAGACAAAAAAGAUAAAAAGACUUUAAAAGAAGAGAGGAAAAAGCUAAGUGCAAUUUAGCUAAUUGUUUAAAACCAUAAAUAUGAAAUUCCUUUGAUAAGUUAAAAGGAUUAAAAGAUUUAAUCCUCAAAAGUUAAGGAGAAGAAAAUUGAAAAAGAAUAAAUUGAGAUCAAAUGCGAUAAGAAGUCUUAAUAAUCCUAAGAGGAAAAUUCAAAAAAGAAAAAUUAAUAGAGUUUGGAGGAAUAAAUAGUCAAGGAUUUGAAAGAAAAGGUAGCAGAAAAGAAGCAUCAUAAAAAUGAAGAAAAGCUAGUAAAAUAGACGAAUGGUAAGAAAUCGUCUUAGGAGAAGUAGUAAUCCAAGGACGAGAAAAAUGUUAAAGAAAAACAUAAUUAUUCUCAUAAAGGAACAAAGGAUACUGAUAAAUCUCAAGAAAGUAUUGAAAUUUCAGAACCACCAUCUUAGUCCUCACAAGAGAAAAAAAAAGUCAAAAAUAAUUUGGAAAAGCUAGAGACGAUAAUAGGAAAGUAGCAGAAACAACAAUAAUAACCUUAAGCGAAAGAAAUAAAUAAAAAAAAGAUUUAGAGCCCAAUGAUGUCAACUGCUGAUGCUACUGAUAUAGCAGACAAUACUUAAACGCCUCCAACAUCUCAGAAAAAGUGUAGAGUCAAAAAUUUAAAUGUUAAAUCUUGA